AUGGAACCCCAGCGCUCGAUAAAUCUGGCUGAAAAUGGAGUCCGUCACUCAUCGCAGGCUAAAGACCCGCGCCUUCGUUUUCGUGAAAUACCUAGCCAGCCAUCCCAGGACCCCGCUCAGUUCUUCCACAACUACGCGACAGAUUUAGCAGAUUUCGUGGAACAGACCGGGAAGAGGGAGCGGCUAGUGCGAAGCAUGAAGCGAAAGGACGCGCUGCUUAGUCGAGCGACCGACCGCCAGUUCCCGUACCCUUCAUAUCUCUCACGAGGAAGGGCGGUACAAGCAGAGCAGGUGGAGCAGCUGUCGAAGAUUGACCAACAACUUGAUCUCCACAAAAAGAAACAAGCCGAAUUCUCUGAGAUGUUCCAUCGUAUGAUGGCCAAGGACGACAGCUAUCAGCAGCUAAAGCGGGACGUUGAACUCUCCAAAGCCAACGCGAAUGUUGCGUUGCACCAGGCAGGCAAAUUAGGAGAAAAGCUCAACAACGUUGAUAUAGAUUCUCUCGUGGCUUCGAUGGACAUAGCUGUGAAGGAACUGAAACGGCUCGAAAGCGUAAAGCAACGGUUCAAUGAUAUCGAGCAGAAAUUCUCACACGUCUCUCCCGAUGACAUCCUGGCUAUGAAGAAGGAACUCCCGCAACUGAAGAAGAUGCGCUCACAGUUACAGAGUCUACAUGAUAAAAACAGCUAUACCGGCGCUCAAUCCUGGAAGCAGUUAUCCGCUGACUUGGCCGCGCUCAAAAGCCAGGUCAAUAGCCUAAAAGAUGAGGUGGCAUUAACAUCUACCACCGGUCUGCAAUCCGCGCAAUCAAGUGUCAACAGCUUGUCAAAACGACUUGAAGAGAUCGAGGAAUCAUCAACUGCGCAAUAUCAACUACUCGAAAGCCGAGUUGCUGAGGUGGAGAGUCGGAAAGGACCAAAGCUCAGCAGCAUUCAAUCUGAUAUGGAAAGCCUUUUCAGCCAGCUUGAAAAGCUUCGAGAGCUCCAAGAGCAACGGGACAAAGAAAUUGACAUGGAAUUUCAAAAAUUAAGUUUGAAGCUCAAUAAAACUAUUGAACGGCUUAAUGACGAGCACGCUACUGCCAAGAAACAUACUGGAGAACAGUCCAACCGGCAGGAUAUGAUUUUUGCAGCGCAUGAGACAAGACUGGCGGCUAUUGAGGGAAGGAACAAUGCGGAAGUUGUUUCUGAUAAUGAAAAGAUUAUGGACAUCCUCAAGUAUCAAUCCGAGCGCUUACACGGCCAUGAUGUCGCGAUUACCUCUCUCGAAAAUCGAUACAACCGGCUAUCCAGUGAACCAAUCGUGCGACAGAUGGUUGCGUCCAUGCAAGGGAUGUACCCGUAUGCAAGCACUGCACAGAAAGAGAUUGAGCAAUUGAAACAGGAUUUUAAAUCUCACAAGGAUGCCGUAGCAACUAUCUCGAGCGACAUAACCAAACCCUUCAUCAGAUACCCCAAAAAUCCCUGA